UUACUAAAAGAAACACAGUGAUGGAUCCAGAGACUGCAUUGUAAUACAUUUCUCAGAAAUAUACUAAGUUACAAAGUAUGGCCACCUUUUAAGACCCAGGCCAUCGAUCUCACUGCUCUCUAGUUAACUGACUUUGCUUAUUGGCAGGGUGAGGCCUCUACAGUCCGUGCUGACUUCCUCAUAGGGCCAAGUAGCCCUAGUUUGCCCCCAUCUCUACACUAUCUUACUCAAAUCAGCUUUACCCUUUAGCCCCACCUCUGAAUCUAGACUCAGGCAAAGGCCUUAUGUGGGUGAUUGCUAUGUUUACCGAGCCACACAGGUAACCUGGGCCCAUCCCAGCCCACAGUGAGUCAGCUGAACAAGGGGCAGGCACCACCCUUCCCAGAGCAGGAACCUAACUGGGACACAGGCCACCAGCACAUCUCAGGAGGCUGCAGUGGCUGGAGAAGAGUACAGAGUCUGGAGCCAGCAGGUGUAUUUGGUGGGGCUGCAGUCAAGAUUUGGGAAAACUUCAAGGUAAUCUCCUGAAGUGUGCUUCAGGAAACAGUUAUGUCUGUCCUGUACCCAUCUCUGGAGGAUCUGAAGGUGGGCCAAGUCAUCCAGGCCCAGGCGAGAUCCUCACCUGUGAUGCCCACUCUGCCAGCCCCGAUGGCAUCUGCACCCCCACUUUCAGAGUUGUAUCCAAACCUGGCAGAACUGGAAAAUUACAUGGGACUGUCUCUCUCUAGCCAAGAAGUUCAGAAAAACCUGUCCGAGAUUCCAGAUGGUGAUAAUAUGGUGGUCACUAGCCCUGGUCCUGGCCAGGUGAUAGCACCAGUAUCUGGGAACAGCCUGGGUGUACUGCGUGCAGAGAUCAAGCCUGGCGUGCGAGAGAUCCACCUGUGCAAGGAUGAGCGUGGCAAGACUGGACUGCGCCUGCAGGCUGUUGACAAGGGGCUCUUUGUGCAGUUGGUCCAGGCCAACACCCCUGCAUCCCUUGUGGGGUUGCGCUUUGGGGACCAGAUCCUGCAGAUUGAUGGGUGUGACUGUGCUGGGUGGAACACACACAAAGCUCACAAAGCACUGAAGAAGGCAUCAGCGGAGAAGAUUGUCAUGGUUGUUCGAGACAGGCCAUUCCAGAGGACUGUCACCAUGCACAAAGACAGCUCAGGCCAAGUUGGCUUUGUCAUCAAAAAGGGGAAGAUUGUCUCUGUGGUAAAGGGAAGCUCCGCAGCCCGCAAUGGACUUGUAACCAACCACUACGUGUGUGAGGUGAACGGACAGAACGUCAUUGGGCUAAAGGACAAAAAGAUUACUGAGAUUCUGACCACAGCUGGAAAUGUCAUCACACUGACCAUCAUCCCUACUGUGAUCUACGAACAUAUGAUCAAAAAGUUGUCCCCAUUGCUGCUUCACCACACCAUGGACCACUCCAUUCCAGACACCUGAAGUUACCGGAGAGCAGCGCAGGCUUCCCACCAUCCUGCAGGGAAGACAGCAGUCCUCUGAUGACAGGUUGCAGCUGGCUUGCUGCCUGGGUCUGGGUAUUGCAGGGAUGUGUCCCAGGUGGGUGUGUAUUGGAUGAGUCUGUCACUGCCGAUUUUAGGCCUCCUUGGAUCCUGACUCCUAGCUAUGCUGAGGCACAGGUGGGACUUAAGGCACCUGGUUCUCUGUGCCCUAGAUACUGGGCACUCGGGCAGAACAGCAGAAUGUCACUGAGUGCUGCUGUAUCCCUUUGCAGACUUUGCCUCAUCUAGGAAGUCAGCUGCUUGAUUUGACAGAGGAGUGCCUUGCGUGUUGUCUUCAUUGAUCUUUGUCACAGGUUGUGUAUAGAUUAAUGGUAACCCUUUGUCAGUAGGUUAGUUGUAACCCUUUACUGUCUUUUGAAUAAAGAGUGGAUUUAAAACACA